AAUCACAAAAAGCGCUGCAUCCAAAUCAAUAACUUGAUUCCGCUCAAUGAAGCGGUGCACAAACGCAACACUCGGGCUAUGUGGUCCUGGGAGGAAGCAACUAAGACAUCACUUUUCAGAUUCAUCCAGUUCUUACAGAUGCCUUUCUGGAAUCUCAAUCUUACCCUUUGAUAUCAAGUGUCAGAUACUCUCACUAGUCGAAAGUAUUCCUCUGUAAAGCUUCAUAUAUUCUUAGUCAGCGACCUGGUAAAUCUUUGGGAAGUUUCCAAGGACUUUCAACUUACGAUUGAAAAGUACUGCAACAGUAGUCGGUGUCCACAGUUAUCACAGUUUUACGACCCACAUAAUCACGAACUACACUCGGCCUUCAAUUCUAGAUUCACCGUUACGCUGUACAAACACGCUGGUGAGUUCGGCGCUAUUUAUGAUAGCACUAGGAAAUCUAUUCCGUAGAAUCUAUCAAAAUCAACCACUUUGCCGUAAACUCCAGUUUUUGGAGUGUAGUUUACGUAGACAUAUGCCGAAUCUAGAAGAGUCUUCCAGGACUAGUCAGAAUCUACAGGAACCAGACUAUUAUCCAAGCAUCUGUCCCAUAGGUCCGUUAAAAUGUUUGGCCUUACUUUUGUAUGGCGUUUUCUUGAAAGAAUUUAUCUUUGGGUGGCCAGAACAAAAUAUUCAGCGGGUUUUUCACACUCUUGUGCAUGUAUGCUUUAAUGGGAACUUUUGGUUUCGUCUAUCAAGUUUGAUCUGUCAGAGACCAGGUGUAGAUCCACAAUCUGAACUGACGCUUCGCCUUUUCCUGAGAAAAACGUUUUUAGACCCUAAUGCGUUACCACAAAUGUAUGAUGAGAUCAACUCACCAUCGUCAUCCAUUUCCAAUACUAAGCAAUAUUUAUCAUCGGAUAACUGUUCCUUAACUAUUCAGUAUGACGCACUUCAAAAUCUACAUCCAUCUGAAGCCCAUUCAAAGACUUCUUGGACCCAUGAAACAAUCAGUUAUCAUGUAUCACCUAGAUAUCCCUCUGAUAAUUCCCUACUGACUUCAGUCUCCUCAUCUAGCAAUUAUAGUGACAAUGGAUUUUCAUCGGGUGAUUUAUUAACACUCACACAAUUGCCGCGUGGUGUUGCAGGAUCUUCGUUGUCAUCACUUUCAACCUUGGUCAUGCAGAAUUUACCAGCUUCCUCGAGUAAACUGACAAAUAAUUAUUUCUGGCCAGCUUCAAACAUUUUGAUGAAGAUUCUCCAUUCUUAUUCGUACAAUCAUCAAGCUAGAAUUUUAUUUAUUUUGUAUGGACCAUUACAUAGAGGGAAUCUUAUGUGGCGUACAAUGUGUGAAAAUACAGCUGCUGAUUCUCAACAAUUAUCUGCUUGUUUUGGAGAGCUUGGAAGUGUCCUGUCAAAUAUGUUUCAUUCUGGUUUAUGGACACCUGAUGAUAUCAUCAAUAUAAUUGAUCAAAUUACAAUAACACCCGAGGAUUGGUUAGCAGAAAAUGUUGCGUGUCUAUUGCAUACAUCGGGACCAGAAAUAGCGUUACUUUCUGUGACGAAUAAAGCCCGCAGUGGAAAAACUGCUGAAGUUGCUGUCACUCUCACUUCAUUAUGCUUAGUUCAGGUGAAAAUUCGUGCAAAAUUAACAGAACUUAUUAAUCUUGUCAGUGCUACAUUUCAAGCCACAAAAGAAAAAGAUCGAACUGCUUUUCUAGAUCAGUUAGCUCGAUCUUUUCAAGAUGUUAUAGUCGAUCUGUAUGAGACUGAUGAACUAGAAGAACGAGUCGAAGACUUUUCCACCAUACUAAGAGCACAAGCAGAGUUCAUGCGUGCGCUUAUGGCACAUAUAUACGAGGAGUGAUAUAUAAAUAUCCACUUGGCAAAUUUGAUUUUACUGCGGUUCUUUCACUAGAUUUGUUUUUUUUUCAUCGUUUAUUUUUGUUUCGAUGAUAAUGUCAUUAAUUUCCUUUCUGUUGUUUUAGAGUUAUGAUUGAUAGUUCAAACCCAAAUUUUUCAUUGUUCGCUUUUUCGUACUUGUUUUUUUAACAGAUGUUGACUAAUUAUUUUUUAAUUUAUUUUGAAAUCUUUUACCUGGUAUUGUACGCGUGUUACGAACGGUUCGGUUUUUUUUUUAUUAGGAAACACUUCUAGUUAUCAA